GAAGAGGGGAAGGCCCCUCGCAGCCAAAAUGAAGUCUCUGCUGUCUGUGUGCUGCUUGCUGUCUCUGCUAGCCCUGUCUGAUGCAGGAUCCUCCAUCCACGAUGAGGAGCCUCUGGUGCGUCUGCAGCUCCAGCAGCCAGAGGGAGACCUCUUCUCCUGUGGAUGUGACACAACAGAGGAGCACACCAGCCAGAGCUCCUCCAACGACACCCCGGCCCCGGAGAGGGCCAUGUGCCAGCCCUGCAAACCCCCUUCAGCUGUAGAAGAGCCGGCUUUAACCUCAGAGCAUGAAGAGGAGGAGGCGGAGGCGGCUCCUGUGGAGGAGGUUGCUUCCACUGAGGAGGUAACAAGUGAUGGAGAAGAAGCGCAGGAGGAGGCAGCUUCCCAGGAAGGGGUAGAAGAAGAGGAGGCGUCACCUGAGGAGGAGGCUCUGGGUCAAAGUGUGGAGGAGGAGGAAGUAGCUGAGGGGGCAUCAUCUCCUGAAGAGGAAGAGGAGGUAGCUGAGGUUGAGGAAGAGAACAUCGACGAAGGUGAGGGAGAAGCAGAGGAGGAUUUACCCCACAAGGAAGAGGAAGUGAGUGAACCUCAGGAAGAAGUUGCAGAAGAGGAAGGAGCUGCUGCUGCUGCUGCUGAAGAAGAAGAAGAAGCAGUUGAGGAACCAGAAGGUGAGGACACACAGGAGGACACAGAGGCAGCCGCUGAGGAGGAAAGUGUGGAAACGUUCAUUCCUGAGGCUGUAGAGGAGGAAGCUGCCGAGGAUGCAGCUGAGGAAGAGGUUGCAGUGGCUGAAUCUGAACCAGAAGAAGAACCCGUUGAACUUCCUCAAACAGACUCUGAACAUGAGGAAACAGAACCAGAAGUGAUGCCGGAAUCUGAGGAUGGACCAGAACCAGAGGUGACUACAGAGCCAGAACCAGAGUGGACUACAGAGCCAGAACCAGAACCAGAGGGGACUACAGAGCCAGAACCAGAACCACAGGGGACUACAGAGCCAGAACCAGAGUGGACUACAGAGCCAGAACCAGAACCAGAACCAGAACCAGAGGUGACUACAGAGCCUGAACCAGAACCAGAGGGGACUACAGAGCCAGAACCAGAACCUGAGAUCGAAGUGGUUGCAGAGCCUGAAGUCAUUUCAGAGCCGGAGACAAUUCCAGAGCCCGAACCAGAACCAGAAGUGGAGGCAGAGCCUGUUGUGGAGGAGGUCACACCAGAAUCUGUAGAGGAUGUGGCUGUGGAAGAGGAGGCAUCGGUGGAUGUUGUUGAGGAGGCUCCUGUGGUGGAGGAGGCACCUGUUGAUGUCGAGGAGGUGACAGUGGAGGAGGUGACUGCAGAGGAGCCUGCGCAGUCUCAAACCAAAGAACAUAAGAAAGAUGAGGCAGCAGGCCCCAAACUGAGGGACCGCGCCCACAUUGAGGACACGCUGCGAUUGGCCACUACUGAACCCUCAGCAGAGUUCUCAGCUGCUAUGAAGAAGCUGUUGAACAUCUACCACACUGCCAUCAAGCCAAUGGAACAAGCCUACAAGUACAACGAGCUCAGGCAGCAUGAAGUCACAGAUGGUGAGAUCACCUCUAAGCCCAUGGUUUUGUUCCUGGGACCGUGGAGUGUCGGCAAGUCCUCCAUGAUCAACUACCUGCUUGGCCUUCACGGCACCUCACAGGAACUCUACACAGGUGCUGAGCCCACCACCUCCGAGUACACAGUCAUAAUGCACGGUGACAAGUUUCGGUCCAUAGAGGGCAUCGUCAUGGCAGCAGACAGCUCGCGGUCCUUCUCGCCUCUGGAGAAGUUCGGCCAAGGCUUCCUGGAGCGGCUGGUGGGCGUCGAGAUGCCCCACAAGCUGCUGGAGAGGGUCACCUUCGUCGACACGCCGGGCAUCAUUGAAAACCGCAAGCAGCAGGAGAGAGGUUACCCCUACAACGAGGUGUGCCAGUGGUUCAUUGAUCGAGCCGAUCUGAUCUUCCAGGUGUUUGAUCCCACCAAGCUGGACGUGGGUGCCGAGCUAGAGAUGCUCUUCAAGCAGAUGAAGGGACGCGAGUCCCAGAUUCGCCUCAUCCUCAACAAGGCCGACAGUCUUUCCACCCAGAACCUGAUGAGGGUCUACGGGGCCUUGUUCUGGAGCAUGGCGCCCCUGAUCAACGUCACAGAGCCCCCCCGGGUGUACGUCAGCUCCUUCUGGCCUCAGGACUACGCUGCAGACACCAGCCGAGAGCUCUUCAUGAAGGAGGAGACCUCUCUGCUGGAGGACCUCAACCAGGUGAUUGAGAAUCAGAUGGAGAACAAGAUCGCUUUCAUCCGCCAGCACGGCAUCCGUGUGCGCAUCCACGCCCUGCUGGUGGACCGCUACCUCCAGACCUACCACGACAAGCUGGGCUGGUUCAGCGACCCCUACGAGGUGUUCCAAGACAUUGUCAACGACCCGGACAAGUACUACAUCUUCAAAUCCAUUCUGGCCAAAACCAACGUCAGCAAGUUCGACCUGCCCAACAAGGAGGCCUACCAAGACUUCUUUGGCGUGAACCCGGUUUCCAGCUUCAAGCAGCUCUCCUCCCACUGCAGCUGGACCGGCGGCUGCCUGCUGGAGAAGAUAGAGAGGGCCAUCUCAAAUGAUCUCCCGGCACUGCUCAGCAGUGUCAGCAAGGCCGCAGACACGCCUGCCCCAGCGAAGGCUGCGCCCACACCUCCGCCUCCACUCCCUGGCACCUGUGAGGGUCCCGGGUGUGAGGAGAAACCCAAGAAUCGCUGGAGGAAGCACUGAGAUGGAGGAGCGCAGCGCAGGAGAAGGAACAGGGGGAAGCAGAUGGCAGCAGCAGCCAGAGGGUUUCCUGGUAUAAUCCUCACUGCUGUGAUUUUCAGAACUGGGGAUGUGGAGACUGAGCAGGGAAAGAAUAGAAAAGAUUUGCUAAGCAGACCUGAGUCAGAAUGCUUCUUAGUGCUUGUUUUUAACCUGCGUAGAGUACCAAAUGGAUGUCUUUUACUGUAAUUGACAGAAAUACAGUAUAUAUAAAUAUAUAUAA